AGUGGCUCGGUGCACGGAUGCUCUGAGCCUGUCACUGCCGUCAAGUGCUGCAGACUGCAUUUAAAGGGAGCAGAGAAAAGAUAAUGUACACACCCAGCACACUACGAAGGAUAGAUACCACGGGCGUCCUGUAGGAUCCAUGUAAUACAUUAGGCGAAAACGGAGUAUUUUUUCUCUCUCUGUGUUGCAGGAUUGCAAAGAAUAUGAAAUAUGAAGCUUUUGCCGCGUCAGAUUUCCUUGGUAUCUCUGUGUGGACUAGUCUAUCUCGUUCAAUACAGCAGCGCCAAUAGAAACCCCGGUACGGGCGAAGGUGACGACGCCUCGAGGAGGAAGGCGGCGGCGGCAGCGGCAGAGAGCUGGGGGGAGCACGGCUUGAAACCGCCUCAGACAUCCAGCCCGCUUCGGCUCAUUGCCAGCGGCCGGGUGGGCCUUGACACCCGAGUGAGAAGGACACGGGAACGCGCAGCCACCCACCCGUCCCCACACAUCGCUCAAGCGACCUUCCAGAUUGAUGCUUUCAACUCGUCCUUCAUUCUUGACGUUGAACUAAAUCAUGAUCUGCUCUCAUCCCAGUAUGUGGAACGAACUGUUGAUGCAUGGGGAAAAACUGUUCAUUCAGUGGGAGGAGAACACUGUUAUUAUCAUGGCAAAAUUCAAGGAAAUGAAGAAUCCUCUGUGGCCCUUUCAACAUGCUAUGGACUACAUGGCUUCUUUUAUGAUGGAAACUAUACGUACUUGAUUGAACCAACACCAACGAAAGAAGGAAACUUAGUGAAUGAACCAGAAUCUCAUUUAGUUUAUCAGAUCGCAGGCCAUAAUAUUCCUUUACACCUUCAACUUCCUGAAAAGGUUGGAAGAAAUGAUUUUGGUCUGGCUGGGAAUUCUGGUCUUUCGAGGAAGAAAAGACAGAUGCAACGAUUUCGGCGGGAUGUUCAUGAUGAGACGAAGUACAUUGAGCUGAUGGUUGUUAAUGAUCAUUUUAUGUUUAAAAAACACCGUUUAUCUGUGGGACUCACAAACAACUUUGCAAAAUCAAUUGUGAACUUAGCAGAUAUGAUAUUCAAGAAACAGCUUAACACCAGAAUUGUACUGGUUGCUAUGGAAACUUGGUCAAUUGACAACAAGUUCUCCAUAGACGUAAACCCUCAGGUAACUCUGCGAGAGUUUAUGAAGUACAGGAGAGAUUUGGUGAAAGUAAAGAGUGAUGCCAUUCAUCUAUUUUCGGGAACAACAUUUGAAAGUAGCCAGAGUGGAGCAGCAUAUGUUGGUGGAAUUUGUACACAGUCGAAAGGUGGAGGAGUGAACGAGUUUGGAAAUGCAGAUGAAAUGGCUGUCACCCUCGCUCAGAACUUAGCCCUGAACCUUGGCAUGUUUUCAGAUCAGAAGCGAAUGAGUGAUGACUGCAGAUGUGAAGAUAAGUGGGCUGGAUGCAUAAUGGAAGAUUCUGGGUAUUAUCGUCCACAUACAUUUUCUAAAUGCAACAUAGAAGAGUAUGAGGAAUUUUUGAACAAUGGUGGUGGGAAUUGUCUCUUCAAUAAACCUACCCGACUUCUUGAUGCUCCAGAAUGUGGUAAUGGAUUUGUGGAGGGAGGAGAAGAAUGUGAUUGUGGCUCACCAACUGCUUGUCGGCAGGAAGGGGGAAACUGUUGCGUGAAGUGCACUCUUUUGGAUGAUGCCAAAUGCAGCAAUGGACUUUGUUGUAAAGAGUGUCAGUUUGAAAGAAAUGGAUUUGUGUGUCGUGAAGCAGUAAAUGAUUGUGACAUUCCUGAGACUUGCACUGGAAAUUCUAGUGAGUGUCCAUCAAACGUACAUAAACUAGAUGGCUACAUCUGUGACAAUGAUCAGGGACGUUGUUAUGGAGGGAGAUGUAAAACUAGGGAGCGACAGUGCAAAUAUGUCUGGGGAGAAAAAGCAAGAGCUGCAGACCAAUUAUGUUACGAGAAACUUAACAUUGAAGGGACUGAAAAAGGAAACUGUGGCAAAGACAAAGGCACUUGGAUUCAAUGCAAUAAACAAGAUGUGCUUUGCGGUUAUCUACUGUGUGCUGAUACGUCCAAUGUGCCAAGAGUAGGGGAACUGUGGGGUGACGUGACAAUGACUUCACUCUUACAGAAACACAGGCACAUCAACUGCAGUGGUGCCCAUGUCAUAUUAGAUGAAGAAACGGAUCUGGGAUAUGUGCAAGAUGGAACUCCAUGUGGACAGGACAGAAUGUGUGCCACUCGCAAGUGUCUGCCUGUCAAAGCAUUUAAUUUUAGUACCUGCCCCGGCACUAGUGGUGCAAAAAGAUGUUCAGGACAUGGGAUUUGCAGUAAUGAAGUGAAGUGUGCCUGCGACCCAUCCUGGAAUGACAGUGACUGCAGUAUAUUUACACCAAAGACAUUGACAGGCGCAGCAGGACCAGGAUCAGCACAAACCAAUAUUAUUAUAGGUACCAUUGCAGGGACCAUCCUGAUGGCAGCUCUUGUCUUGGCAGUUGCAGCAUGGUUUUACAAAAAUUAUCAAGAAAGAAGGCAAAUGCCACAAGGAGACUAUGUCAAAAAGCCCGGAGAAGCUGACUCUUUCUAUAGUGACAUACCUCCUGGAGUCAGCUCAAACUAUUCAGCAUCUAGUUCUAAGAAAAGAUCAAAUGGACUCUCCCAUUCUUGGAGUGAACGGAUUCCAGAUGAAAAACAUAUCCCAGAUGUCUGUGAAAAUGGUAGACCACGCAGUAACUCAUGGCAAGGAAAUUUGGGAGGCAACCAAAAGAAGAAUAAAGGAAGAAAAUUUAGGCCACGUUCCAAUUCUACAGAGUAUUUAAACCCAUGGUACAAAAGAGAAUAUAAUGUAGCUAAGUGGGUAGAAGAUGUGAAUAAAAACACUGAAGGACCGUACAUUAGGACAUUGUCUCCAUCUAAGUCACAUUCCUCGUCCAAUGGAUCAAUUGCUUCUAGUAGGAAGUGCCCAUACCCAAUGCCACCUCUUCCUGACGAGGAUGGAAAGGCAAGUCGACAAAGUGCACGGCUCUGGGAGACCUCCAUUUAGGUUGCCAUUCAACCAAUCUGAGCUACUAAAGAUUUCCUUCCAAUCGUUGUCUUUUAAUUAAUGAAUCGUUGGAGCAUCUGUGAGGCUUUUGGAAGAAGGGGUCUAAAGUAAAUACCCCCACUGCUAACUUCAAAGAGCAGGGCUAUUAAAUAUAAAUAAUAAAUAGACUUUGACUCAUCAUUAAUAAAAUGUGGUAUGAAGAGUCAGCAUUCUUGUAUAAAAUACUGCACUGAAACAAUGAUCUGCAAACAGGAACUCAUCCUGAAAAAAGACAGUAAAAGCCCGGUCAUAUAUUUGCAUAUGUUAUGGUGCUUAGUCCUGUGGAAGAAGAUGGAGAGCCCUCUUUCAAUAAGGCGGUUGAAAGCUUCUGAGCACACAUUCACAGCAAUGAAUAAUAUUGCACGCACGGAUCCCUUUUGAUGCCAGCUCUAGUAGUCAGUAGAAAAUAACAUGUACUUGCAUCGACAUAGAAUGAGUUCUUUUUUUCAAAAAAAUGCUUUGGAUUCAGUUGUACAACAGGAAAAAUAAUUGCAUUUGUAAGAGCUACUGCGUGUAAGAAAUGGAACAUGCAACUGAAGAUCAAAAUCAUAUACUUGCAGAAAUGCUUGCUCAGAAAGUGUUUUGUAAAUAUGUACAGUUAUUUUCAUGUCACAGGACAAAUCCGGCAAUAGUUGCUUGCCCUAUAAAUCAAAACAUGGUCGUGUUGAGCUUAAUAUUAACCUUACAGUGAUAGAUUUGGUGUUUUCUUAAAUAUGUUUGAAACUCCUUUAAACCAGUGAUGGAGAAGAACGUUGAUAACCUAAUGGAAUGAAAACAUAAAAUGAUGGAAAUACUAUGCAGCAACGAUGGAGAAUCAGCUACAAUUUCAGGCUGAUGAGAACAUUGUUCUUUAAGUUGAGGGGUGGACAGAACAAGAGUCUCCAGCCUAUCGCACAAACCUUUGUUUGUUCUUUUCACCACUCCUCGUUCUCUGCAACUUACAAUGCAUUUGCUAUUUUUUUUUCCUUUUUCUCAAUUCUGAUGAAGCGUCAUGAGUCUGGCACAAUAACCCUGUUUCUCUCUCCACCGAUGCAAGUUGUUGAUAUGCUGAGUUUAUGCAGCAUUCUGAACUGAUGAACUUAUUUAUUUUCGAUUUUCAGCAUCUGCUGUUUAAGUAUGUGCUCGGGGUGUAAACAUAGUUUUGUAUUUAAAUAUCAAAACUUCUAUGUUGCAGUGAAAUAUGAUCAUUAUUGUACCAUGAACUAAAUAUGCCAUCUCCACCAACAUGCAAAAACAUCAGUUUGUCUCAAAUUAAUGAGGAAUUUUAAUAUUUUUAUAAAUGGAAAAAAUAUGCAUCAGACACGUCAACAGUUUAUUGGUGUAACAGCUGGACAAAAUUGCUUCACCUGUGCAGUUCAGCUCUUUGAUUCAUGUUUGGAUCAAGGCUGUGAUGACAUUGGUCCUGAUGAAACCCAAAUUCGACAGAGAUGAGUAGGUAACGCCGCUAAACAGCGCUAUCAAUUAUACCUUCCCUUUGCUGAUGAUUUGAGUAGAUUGAUUGGGUUGUAAUUGGAUCUGGGUUUUUUUCUGCAUAGGUCAUACCUGGUUUAUGUUCUACAUUGUUGCAAGGUGCCUAAUUUGGAAUUGUACUGCUGCAAUUUGGCUGUAGGAAUAUGUGGUUCUGGAGUGCAAGUCUUCAGAACUGCAGCUGAGGUAUUUACUUAUCCCUUAGCCCUUGCUGUUUCUAUUUCUGUCAGAUGUUUGUUAUUACCUGCAAUGAAACUAAUUGAUUCUGCGAGGGAGGAAGCCAAGAUGGACCAUCCACUCAGUAUUUCUGACUAAACAUAAUGUUAAUACUUUAACCUUGAGCACUCAGUUGCUAGAUGCACCAUUAUUGUUUAGAAUGGGAAUGUUCAUGGAACCUCCUUUUAGAUGUUGUUCACCACAAUUUACUGGAUGUCGCAGGACUGUGGAGCUUUAAUCUGAAUCAUUCUGAAAUUUCUGUUGCAUGCUGUUUUCACCAUUAAGCAUGUAUGCAAUUCUAUAUUGCAGCCUGGCAUUGCAUUUUUGUGUAUACCUGAUGCUGCACCUAGCAUGCCCUUCUACCUUCUGGUUUGAUAAUAUUGGUGACGGUUUUAUUAGGAACUACCACAAUGACUCAUCAUAAUUGCAUCUGGUUUCUGAUCAUUUAGAAAAGUUUUUCUUUUGCAAGGUUACCUUUAAGAAUAACAAAGGAUUUGGAUAGGUUCACUGUCUUUUAAACUUGGGGACCCAGCUUUUUCAAUACUUGUCCUUCUGAAAUUUAACAUCAUGUAAAACUCUGAUGGUAAAUCAAUGCUACACCGUCCCUUUCAGCUGUAAGUUAUGUCUUUGCUCAUCUAUGCCAGCCGACAGUACUCCAAAUUUAAAUUUUCCAUUUGGCUCAAAUUAAUUUAACUUUCAAACUUCACCUAUUCCACCUCCACAUCAUGCCUGAUCAAUGCCCUUGAUCCUCUAAAAUGAUUUUUUUUGUCCAUUAUUCCUUCAUUCACCCACCAUUAACUUGGUCAUCAGAUGUACAAACUAAAGUACAUGUUCUUCCCUAAAUUAUGCUGACUCUUUUCCGUAAAUAACAUUUUUGAAGCCUAAUGCCUUUUUGAACCCAUAGUUAUUGAUUUUACUUUCAUUAAUUAUUCUUGUGAUUCUGAAGCAAUUUGCCCAGUGUUCUUUUUUACAUAUUGUAACUACAUUUUCAUACAAUCUCCAACAUACUGUAUAAAAUCACUUGUCGUGUAAAGAUGAGGUGGGUGCAAACUAGUAACUUUUAUUUUUCAAUAUUUACUCCUAUUGCAUGAAAUGUAAUGAGAAAAGUGGAAUGCCAAAUAGAAUUUCAGGUGCAACAUUAUUACAUAGAAAACCACACCAUAAUUAUAGUGGUGUCAAUAUUUUUUGUAGCAGUAUUUGAAUCCAAUUGGCUUUGUGUAAUUCAAAUUAUUAUAAUCUGAAUCUGUUUCUUAAAUAACACAAAGAAAUUAAAAUAGCCCAACUAAAUGCGAUUCUACAGUAAUGGUAAUUUAUUUCCUGCAGCGCACAAUGAAAUUAUUGAAAUUAACAUUCCCCCAACUUUUUCAUAGCUUAAGAGGAAGAAAUAUGCCCUGUCGCUUCACUAAAGAUUUGAGUAUCACAUGCCUGCUCCACAUACCCUGGACAUGUUAUUUCAAUGAAAAUUACAGGGGUGUGAGUACAACUGGUAGCUAACGCUAUUAUAUACAUUUAGAAUUAGCACCCCGUGAAAUUUCUCUACAAUGAUAACUUAAAUGAUUGCCUAAAACUGAUAUGGAUUUAUGCCUAUUUCACUGCUGUAUCUUCACCUCAUCAAUGGACAUUAAUCAGAUAUUUGCUCAAACAGCAGUACAAUAUACACUAUGUACAUCAAAGAGAUGAAGAUUUAACAAUAGAAUUGAUGCAGGUCCAGCCUUAUGGAAAUUGAGACUUUUUUAUUCCUUUUAAUUUUAUAUCCCUAAGUGUUAGAAUUAUCUAUGUCAAGAAAUGGUGUGGAGGGUUUUGGAGACACAAGGAAUUCCAGAUGCUAGAAUCUUGAGCAAAACACAAAAUUCUGGAAGAACUUUGGAUCAGGCAGCAUUUGCAGUGGAAAUGGACAGAUGACAUCUGCGGUCAGGCCAACUUCAGACUGAACGAGGAUCUCAAUCUCUAUUGUCUAUUUCUUCCACAGAUGUUGCCUGUCCCACUGAGUUCCUCCAGCACUUUGGAGAAUUUUCCUUGUUUUAGAAAAUAUCCAUCUACUCCUCAUCUUCACAGACAGGUUUAGCAUUUUUAAAGAAUAUGGGUAAUAUGUUUCAUGAUUUUCUUUAUGGACCAUAGGAUUAAUGACAGGUGAUGGUUCUGUAAAGUGUGUAUAUACUUCACUUGCAUUUUUUUAAGGAAUUGGUUUCAACAUUUAAUUUCAUUAAAUAACAUUCAAAACGGAGCCACAUGUUGCUUUGUAGCAUUUCCAGUAUCAUUUUUCAAAUAUUACUUAGACCUUUGCACAGGGGCAGGUUGAAUGCAGAAAAAUGUCUGUCCACUUUCAUGUGUAUAAAACAACCAGGUGCAUUGUAGUGUAUGUAUCACUGUAAUCAAAUGUGAUGUAUGUAUAUACACAUACAUAGUUUGCUCGCUUGAUACUGCAAUAACAUGCCACUAUAUUACACAAAACACAUUUCUGUGAACCAAUUGGAAUGGCUAAAUGUUUCCCACUGGAUACUGAUUUGUCGCAGCAUAUUGGAAGUGCAUGUUAAAUUGUUAUUGUUCCUUAUGCUUUCAGCCAUUCUGAACUUCUCUAUAACACAACAGUAAAUUACAAAAUAUUGUUUGAUACUUAUUACAUCUGCAUGUCAAGAAAAUUGUCACAUCACAAAAUAAUUGAUUAUGAAGUGCCAUUUUUAAAAACAAGAUCAGCUUGAAUAUUUGUCUUUGACUAUAGUGCUAUGGAUGCGAAUGUAACCGGCUGGCUAAAAAAUGUAAUUGAGUGAAAGAAUUGUGGCAACUUUAUAAAAUUAUUGCCAUUUCCAUUUCUUCAUCUUUCAAGCUGUUUUACACCAAAUCCAUUUACAUUUAUGGAACAGUUGUAGAAUUUAACUCCAUUAUGGAAUUGUAUAUUGCUUGCUGGCUGUGUGAUGACCUAGAAAAAACUUAUUUCCUUGGCUGAGUAUUAAGCUUUUACCAACCAUGGAUAUUAUUGCGCUGUUGUAUAUAAAGCAAAGGUUUAGAUUAAUGCUUUUCUCAAACAAUAUUAUUGUAAUAUAUUAUCUGAAUAAAAAUUUACAUCUCUUUAACCUGGAA